GCUUCAAUUCAUCAUGUCCUCCAGAGUACUGGGAUACCGGGAAGGAUUUUCAGUAGAAGUGUCGUCUGGACCUUCUAUCGCCGGCACAACCGAAGAGUACGAGCUAAACUUUGCCCGACGAGCAUUAGCUCUCGUGAAAGAGCGACUGGGAGUCGCCCAGAUCGAGAAGCUGCUGCUGCCCGAUAUCGAGAGAAGCAAUGCUUUUUGGCAGACAUUCAUUGCACAGAAUACGACGGGGGAGUGCAGACCCUCGCGUAUCGAUAUGUCGGUUCACGGAUUGUCCCCGGACGAAUUUGUGAAGUGGUUCCACUUGCGCUGCGGGAAACGAAUUCCCGAUAUGCUUGCUGCUGAGCCAGAGCACUGGGUUGUUACUUCAGACGCCGAACACAAUCAAAUGGCCAUUGAGAACCUGGGACCCUGGAUUACCCGGCUCUACAUCAAAUUUGGCCCUCCAUCAACCCCUUGGCAGCAGAAGGAUCUGAGGGAUGAUUAUCCCAUCAGAAUUUGUGGCCAUGCGGAAAGCGACGAUGGAGUACCUUUGGCCUACGUUCUCCACCAACUGAAGCCGUAUGCUGCUGGAUUGGGGGUUGAUGCCAGAUUCUGCAUUUACUUUCCUGCUUCUGCACCAGAGGAAAUUUUCGAGCAGCAUAGGCAGCAUCUUCUCGUUGAAUUUACGAACUGGACUCGCCAUUGUUUUACGGAGUUGAAGAUCAACAAUGUUCAAGUUGAAUAGAGAGAAGUGUUGACUUCGUCCUCACAUCAAUCUUAUACUGAUGAUUGGGUAUUGUGAGGAAUUUCUAGUGUACAUAAUGACCCGGCGGCGGUCGUCUGAUAUCGUUUCAAGCGAG